AGCGUCUGAUCCCGGAAGAAGCCACUGAUCUAAAAGAACUGUUCACAGGGGAGAAACAGUAGGCUAAAAGAUAGAAGAACCACAACUAGAGGUUUUCUUCGGGAUUUAUGUAAAGGAACCAUUUAUUUAGCCUAACAUCCAAGUGAAUCAACUCGUUAUGUGGCCUAACCAAGGUCCUCCAAUGGGUCCCCCUAACCCAGCUCAUCCACCUCCAGGCUACCCUGGAAUCCCCAAUCCUGCAUUCCCCCCUGGUACCGAUCCAGCAUAUCCACCUGGUAUGAACCCAGCUAUGCCUCCUGGACCGGUUCCUCCUGGUGUCCCAGGGCAACCCUAUUUCCCCACUGGUCCAGCUCCCCCACCCUAUGCCGGAGCCCCACACCCUCAUGCCCCACAUGGUGGGGCCUACCCAGGGCCUCAUCCACAUCCCAUGGGACCGGCAAUGGGUGGGGCUGUAGCAGGGGGUUUAGCCGGGGCUGGAAUGGCUGUGGCGGGACACAAGAUGCACAAGAAAAUGAAAAAGCAUAAGAAAGAAAAGAAGAAGCAUAAAGAACACAAGGCUCAUAAGCACGGCAAGCAUUCCUCAAGCAGCAGCAGUAGCAGCAGCAGCGACUCUGAUUAAAGUGUGAGGAUCCAACAAAUAGCUGUCAAAAUGGCCUGCCUUGUAAACCGACAUACAACAGAUGAUUGCUAGCUUGACUGAUAAUUGUCUUUUUAAUGCAUUUCACACUAAACUCUAUUAUUAAUUAAGUAUUAUUAUGUUGUGUCAUAUACAAUGAUUUACAAAGACAUUUACUGUAUUAUUUAUCACACUAAAGAAAAUUGUAGUUUCCUAAAAAUCAAUAAUGUAAAGCACAUUGCCUUAAGCUUCUGAUCUUAUUUUUUAUCUGUCAGAGAACUAGAUUCACCACUUUUAAUCACAUGGUAUCAAUACAGUAGACACUAUAUUGUUAUAAGUGUUACAGUAAAACUACAUUCAAUUAUAUGAAGAUCUAGAUGAUAUGAAAUGUCAGAAAGUGCCUCAUCAUUAAGGUUGAAAGUUGUGGAGUGGUGAAUAAAAUUCUUGUUAAGAUGCCUAAAA